AUGGAAAACUUCGAGGAGUGGAUCAAGCUCGCGACAGACAACAAAAUCAAUAGCACCAACUCGUGGAAUGUGGCAUUGAUCGAUUACUUCCAUGACUUGCGCGUGCUUACGGACGGCGACAACAACAUAAACUUCCAGAAAGCGCUGGCCACGCUCGACGGCUGUGUCAAGAUCUAUCUGUCGAGGGUCGACUCUGUGGCGACAGAGACUGGGAAGCUACUUACGGGGCUUUCCACCAAGAAACAGCACGAGGCGAGCGAGGCAGCCCCAGCGGAAGAGGACGAGGAGGAUGAAGAGGGAGAGGAGGGGGAAGAUGACCCCAAGGCAAAGAAAACAUCGCGCCGGAACCUCAGCAACGCCAAGACGUUGGUGGAGUUUGAAGCGUUACGGUUAAAGGUGUUUGAGAAGGAGUUGACCAUCGACCCAUUGUUCAAAAAGGCCUUGGCUGAGUUUGAUGAAGGCGGAGCCAAAAGCUUGUUGUUGAACACGUUGGCGAUCGACAGUGACGGCAGGGUGGUUUUUGACGCAACCACUCAGCAGAUGAAAAGAGAAGAUGAAAUUGAUGAGGCCGAAGGUGGAGAAAUUGAUGAGGCUGAAGUCAAAUCCGAAGAAAUCGCACUCCCUGUGGAUAUUUCCAACUUAAAAUACUUCCUUUACAACACCCCCGCGGAACUCGACACAUAUGAGGUCUGCAGUCAGCUCCGCGCGCUUGAACGGGCCGCCGAAGACCCGCGGAACGCUAAGGUGCUUCUCGAGGAAAUGCAGGGCGAGAUUGAUGUUCCUGUGGACCAGGACUCCGAUAACGACUACCAGGACUUUGACAUGGGCUUUGAGAACGUGAGCGCGCUUCCAGCAGACGCGGAAAAGAUGUUUGACGACGACUCCGACGGAAACGUGUCGCGAGCCAGCACCGGCGUCGGAAAAGUGGUUCCCGACGGAACGUUCGACGAGGCAGUUGACGACGGAGUGGUGGCAAACAUCAUCGACCACGACCUCAUGGCGUACUUUGAUCUGUCGUUGAAGAACAACUGGCGUGGGGCCGAGCACUGGCGGGUAUCAGCGAUCAAAAACCGGGGGAGAAAGGAGCCCGCGGAUACCCCGCAGGAGGGCUCUGUCGAGCCACGGAAAAAGAAGGAAAAGCUUGUGAUCAACUUUUUAGAGGCCGUAGCCCUGGGCUUGGACGAAGACGACGAGGAAGAUGUGCUAUUUGAAAUCCCCAAGCUCAAGCACAUGAUUAACAUGACCAAGAAGGAGCAGGCAGACAUGACCAAGGAGAAAAAUAUUUUGCCGGUGGAUAUCCAGUUUUCUUCGGUACAGCUCACAAAGCUCGGGCUCAAGCCCCAUGUGAACAUCGCGGUAUUUGCGAAGCAGAUGCGGAUUAAACCAAAGGUCUCAUCGCCAGAGCCAGUGGCGGAUGAAAACUUCUUUGCGGCUGCAUAUGACCAUCCAGAAGUCAGCCCGGAGCCUGCGAACGAUGAAAUUGAGGACGAUUUCAACCAGGACUUUGACAUGGGCCAGGCCUUUGAGGACCCGCCGGAUUCGCAGCCGUUGAACGCGUUGCUCGGACGAAAGGUCCGGCCAGAGUACGUGAAUUACGCGAGGACGGCAAAGAAGGUGGAUGUCAAGUUGCUAAAGGAUAACAUCUGGAGCGCCCUAGCCACGCGGAAGAGCGAGGAGGUGAAAGAGGAGACACAAUUUAGCGACGUGGUGCGGGAUAUCACCAAGUUCUACGCCCCAGAGGCCCGGAAAGACUUGUCCACCAGUUUCUGUUUUAUCUGUGUGCUUCAUUUGGCGAAUGAGCAUGGGUUAACGAUCACCAAUAAUGAUGAGUUGACCGACAUGGCCAUCCAGGGGUUGGAGAGCGUGCUGAUUGCGUAG